GGGGGGGUUCACCCCCAGCAGUGUGGCUCUUCUAUGCAGGGAAAUAAAGGAGGGGAGCAUGCAGCUUGCACUGAGGUGUGCCUCCUGGCAGCUGUGGAUCGACUCCCCCAAAUUAGGAGCUGCUUCUCGUGCCCUGCCACCGCGCCGGGGAGUGCCGUGUGGCAGGCAGAGCCUUGCACAGAACACUAAAUGAAAUGGGAGAGAUUGGGGUUUGCUCUCUGACACUAAAAUGAAUGCUUUUGGGUCGGGAGCUUGCUCGCAGCUGGUGACGCAAUGCCGGGCUGGGCCAGGAGGCGAGGAGGCUGCCUCGUCCUGCCCCUGCCCCGAGCACUGCUACGUGCUGUGGGGUGCAGGACCGAGCAGCUCCUUUGCCUCCUGCGUUGCUCCUGGCCCGAACCCCUCUGGUCUCUGCCUUACCCUCCCAUGCCCUCAUCGCUUCCCUUUUUUUUUCUGUCUCAGCAAGUUGCCUGUCUGUCCUCUAACCACAGCCUGCUCGCCCUCGGUGCGGGAGAGUCUGGUGUAACUCCUUUCCCCCUCUCUCUGAAACCCUACAACUGACACAGCCCUCCCGCAGCUCCUCCUCUCGGUGUCUCUCCUUCACUCGCAUGCAGUUUGCUUCAAUAAAUUAUUGUAGUAGUUUGCAAUAAACUUUUUUUGUAUUUUUUUUUCCCCUGUAUUUAUUUUAUUGUUCUCCUCCCUGGAAGGGAAGCUGGGGCCCUGGCCCCAAGAAAACCCUGAGAUGUAGGAUGAGAUGGGUGCAGGUUAUGGGAGCCCUAUGGGGGCUGCGGGGCCUGGUGCUGGGUGGUGCUGCGGUGGCUGAGGGAAGCUGCUUUUCUACUCUGUUUUUCUUUUCAUCUGGGUAACACGUAACCAAAAUAAAUGUACUGAGGAAAACAAACCAACCCCAAGGGCUGUUUGUGUGUGGUACUCGGGCUGAGGGGCUGCUGCUGUGGGACGUACCCCUGGGGUAGGGGGCUCUGGGGGACCCCAGCAGCCUUGAGGAAGAGGGGAAGAGGUGGCUGCUGGGGUCGGGCUGUAGGGUGCGGGGUAUUCUCGCCCCCAGCUGGGCCUCGCUCUGUCCCCAGCGCGGCGCCCUGCUCCGGCCCCAGCCUGCUGCCUGGGCUGAGCUGUUGAGCAACGUCCCGGCUCUGCUCACCUCUUCCCGGCAGCGGUUUCUCGCUCUCCGGCCUGAGCCAGGGAUUAGAGUGGGGCUUGUUGUGCCGCGGGAAAGGAGCCUGUCACUGCCGGAGGCGGGAAUCUGCAGCGUCGUGCCAGGCCCCAGGCGCGGAAGAGGGGGAGAGCCGGGCCGGCGGACGCGUGAGCGGAGCUCCCGGCUGGAAUGCACCAGCUCAGCAAGGGAUUGUCCUCCCCGGGCUGCGCGGGCACUGCGCCGUGAGCCUGGGACGGCCGCCUGGGCCAUGGCGGCGGCAGACACCCCUUCAGCCACCCUCCGGCACCACGACCUGUGCAGCCGUGGCAUCCGCCUGGCCAGGAAGAUGCGCUCGGACGUCACAGACCUCCUGGACAUCUACGUGGAGCGGCAGGGCCUGGACGCCUCCAUCAGCGUGGCGGCGGUGGAUGGGGUGCCGACGGCGGCAGUGGAGCGCUGGGCCGAGCAGACGGGCACCCAGCGCCUCCUGGACAACCUGGCCGCCUACCGGGCCUUCCGCACGCUGCUGGCGCAGAUGCUGGAGGAGCAGCGGGAGCUGCUGGGAGACACCGAUGCUGAGCUGGGCCCGGCGCUGGCGGCCAUGCUGCUGCAGGUCUCGGCCUUUGUCUACCACCUGGAGGAGCUGCUGGAGCUGGAGAGCCGCGGGGCCCCCGCUGAGGAGGGCUCUGAGCCCCCCGCGCCCCCACGCCUCAGCCUCUUCGAGCAGAAGCUGCGGGGCCUGCGGGUGCUGCGGGAGCUGGCCCAGUGGGCCGUCAGGUCGGUGCGGGACCUGCGGCAGCUCUCCAAGCACGGCCCGGGCAGCGGCGCGGCACUGGGUCUGCCUGAGAGCCAGUGACGGCGGUGUGGGGAGCCCCGGCCCGGAUGGGGCUUAGCUGGGGGGCCCAUCCCUGUGCAGGGCUGCUGACAGGCACAGGGGCUUCGGGGGGUGGGGGGGGCCAUGCUACUAACCCAGGACACUUCUGCUUCCUAAUGGGCCCACUUCCCUGCGAUGGAAACUGAGGCAUGGGGAGGGAACUCCCGGUGAGGUGGGCCUUGUGGGCGACCCGCAGCCCCACCGUGGCCUGGAAGCCGUGACCUCCGGCGUGCUGUGCAGGGCCGGCCUGUUCUGUGGGACCGGGUUGCUGCCUGUCUCCUGGCAGCCAGGUGAUGCUUCUGGAGGAGGGGAGCUGCCUGGGGGCAUUGCAGAGGUGAGAGCGAUGUGGAAGCAUCACCUGCUGAAAGGCGGCUUAGGAAUUGUCCCCCCUCCGCAAGGCCUGAGGCUUUGCCUCCUCCAGGUGCUCCCUUUUCUCUCGGCUCCUGCACAGCUCCCACCCUGCCUGUGUGUUCUGCGUGCUGAAUUUCUGCUCUGACCGCUUGGGGCCUUUCUCAGGAGGGGGGGUGGGAUUUUGAGCUGGAUGGCAUUUCUUAGCUGGUCGGACGGGAUAUGGAGAGGGUAUUUAUAUAGAAGGCUGACUUGGAAGACCCUCUGCCAGGGUCUUUGUGCCUCUGGGGGCUGCUUUAAGACUGGAAAGGCAGAAGCGAACAGCCCCAGCCGCUGUCAGCCACUGUUUUCUCCCCGGGUGGCUGUGGUGGAUGCUGAGCAAAUAAAGCAUCUGGAGAGCCA